UUCACGCAAGUGUGUCAAUGGAAUAAAUGCGCAUAUAUUUAUAUACGUAGAUAGGUAUACGUACUUAUGUAAAUAUAGUAAAUAUCAAAUGAAAAUGCAAAAUUUGUUUUACCGUGCCAGGUGGCGCAAAAACUAGCAUUUUUUUUUUAAAUAUUGUAUAUAAAUAAAAUUCGAGUAAUUCAUAUAAAAACUUGAAUUUCAUUUUGUCUAACUUUAAAUUUAACAAAUAUGCAUACAUAUAGUGUUUAACUUUGUAAUUAAAUUUUAAGUAUCGUUCAUUGAAAAAAUUAAUCAUGUCUUUUAACCAAAUAUUUUUUUAACUUAGCACUUUUUAGAAAAGACUAAAAAACUUGUAUCAACUAAAGUCGGAUUUAUAUGACCCGGUAAACAAGGAAAUUUCAGCAAUGUGGAAGCGAUCCUUUUCAUGCACAAUCAAGAAAAGAAAAUUUCGAAUAUCAUCCCUGUCUAAUAUAAAAAUAUUAAAAUUUGACUUAGUGACAACGUUGUCACACUUUUAUUUUUUGUAAUUUGUUUUGAAGAAGUAACGCAAAAGUGCGAAAGAGUAACAACACAGCCUUUAUUUUUGGAUAUUUGACAUGAAAAAAUUCCAAGGAUGGCAAUCCUCUUCGAUAAAUUAAGUUAACUUUCAAUUUCAAAAAAGAUAAUCCAAUUACAAUAUUUGUUCUCCCAAGCGCUACAUAUCAUGCCGGCGAAAAUAAAUAUAGCUCUGAGUUGAAAAAUGUUACAAAGAAGGUGAAAGUGCGGAUUCUUUUUUAGUUAGGGAGUGUUGGGAAGCGCUCGACAAAUUAUUUGAAAAGAAACUUAUAAUAAAUGUUUCAGGCUUUAAAUCUCCUAUGAAAUUAGAAAUAAGUUUAAAUGUGGCAAAGUAUUCUUUUGGACAAAUAUCUCCAAUUAAUAAAUUACAUGAAACAAUUGGUAUUCAAGUAAAAAGAAUUAAAAAUCAAGAUGGAGUACGUAACGUUUUGGAUUUGGAAAGUCUAAAUAAUCAUCCGCAUUUAGAAGAUAUUUAUGUUAAUCUUGGGAAUAAGAGUGUUUUCAAACACUUGAUUACUUAUUUAAAAAAUUUAGAUAUACUAUAUUCAAUAAAUGGUCUUAAUUUAAGUAAUAAUAACAUCAAAUAUUUAUCCGGAUUUAGGACUAUGGAAAGAACACGUUUUCAAAUGUUAAAUUUUAAAGAGAAUGACAUUCAAACUACGCAACAAUUGAACUUCUUGACAUGCAUUCAAUUUACAGAAAUAUAUCUUGCUGGAAAUCCAGUUUGUGAUAGAAAAGAUUUUGUUUCAUUUAUGAAAAAAACAUUUCCGAACAUUGAAAAAUCGGAUAUAGAAACUGAUAGAGUGGUUUCCUUUAAAAAUUCCAAUUUAUUUAGUAAAAACUUGAGCGCUCGAUCCUCAGAUGCGUUAUCAACAAAUAGUUUUGGUGUAUCAGUUGAUAGUUAUUCAGGCAUGCAGAAGUAUAGAGCAAGUAAUGACUGGCAUCAAAUAACUGUAGUUCACAAUGGUGGAUAUAAAAAAGAGGAAAUAGCUGAGCAAUUUUUUUCAUUUUUUGCUUCUCAAGAAAUUUCUAACGAUUUUUAUUUAUGUUAUUAUAAAGAAGGUUCAAGUGAAGAUACUUUUCUUGUUAGAAAAUGUUUUGAACACUUGGAAUUACUAAUGAAGAAUGAAUUAAAACUUAUUCACUUUGAAAGUUUAGAAGAAAUUCAAUUGAAAAUCAUUAUGAAUUUUGCUCCAUAUGAAAGUGAUCAAGUUGAUCCAGAAAAAUUAAUAUUAGAAGUUGCCUCAAGUAAAUCAUAUAAUCUAAUGGAACGCAGUUUAAAUUUAGAAAAUUUCAAUGGAAAACCAGAUAUGAAAAACCUUUAUAUUGAUUUUUCUGAUCCAAAAGUUUAUAGCUCAAUUCUACAACAAUGUGGACGCAAAUUUUUAUCCCAAAUUGUCGAAGUUCGAUUAGGGCAUAAUAAUAUUUCAAAUUGCAAGGGGCUAAAAGCUUUGAAUACUAUGAGAAGUUUAAAAAUAUUGUGUUUAAAUAAUAAUCGAAUCAAAAGUUUUGAUGAUUUAUCACCUAUAUCCCAUAUAACAUUGAAAGAGAUAAAAUUAGAUGGUAAUCCAUUAUGCAAAAAAUAUGAUUCAGCCACAAAAUAUAUUCGUGAUGCUCUCCAAUUGAAUCCCCAUUUAACAGCACUGGAUGGAGUUCCAAUCGAAAAUAGUUCAAAUAUAUUAAGUUAUAGGAAAAAUUUUCUUUGUACAAUAAAUGCUUAUGAUUUUACUGAACAAUUUGUUGGAAUUUAUUUUCGUAUAUAUGAUUCUGAUAAAAGAUCAAAUUUAUCAGAGAUGUAUCAUGAAAAAGCAAUUUUUACUAUUUGUUUUACUUAUAAUCCCAGGAGAUAUGAGGAUGAAAGAAGAUUUGAUAUUUACAAAAGUUAUGAUAGGAAUCUGCAUAUCUCAAGUAGCCAUACGAAGAACGUUAUUUAUAACGUACAAAAUAUUACCAAAGUAUUUGAGGAUCUUCCAAAAACUGAACACGAUUUAUUCAGUUUUACAAGUGAUACUACAAUUUGCAAUGAGAAAAUGGUUGUAAUAACACUUACUGGAGUUUUUAAGGACAUACCAAAAGAUAAUGCUUUUGAACCGGAAAUAUUAAUGGGUUUCUCGAGAACAUUUACUUUAUGUCCAACUGGUCCUAAAGUUAACAUUUUUAAGGGAACUGUUGAAUACGAGAUUAUAAAUGACCAAUUAACAAUAUUUAACCCAACAGAAAACCACUUCAAAAACUCUUUUAAAUUUGUUCCACCAAAAAUUGAUUUAACAUGUACUGCAAGUGAUGAAAAUGAAAAGAAAGCUUAUAUAAUAAUGUUUCAAAAGUUAGCCAAGUUAAAGGAAGUGUGGGCAACAAAAUAUUUAGAAGAAGGUAAGUGGGAUUUUGAAAACGCUUUAAAAUAUUUUGUUGAAAAGCUUGAAAAUGGCGGUGUUCCAAAGGAAGCAUUUUUGGAAGAUUCAUCUUAGAUAUUUUAUUAGAUAUUGCAUAUUAUAUAUUUACUUUAAAAUAAAAUAAAAGCAUUAUAGUUUUUAUAUAAUAAUUGUUCUAAAAUAGUUAUAAAAUCACAGAUUUUUAAGUUA